AUUUUACUGAACGUGUUUACGACACGUUACGGUAAAACAUGGCCGCUACAUGAAGUCUCUCUGUGUGAUGUUUCUUUCUGUUCCAUAUCACAAAAAUAUUCACGAUGAUAACGCCUGCAUUUGACUUGAGUCAGGAUCCUGAGUACCUGAUCCUCUCGGUCCGUGUUCCUUACACCAGAACGUCUGAGUUUGACCUCUAUAUCGAUGGAACAGAUGUCAAAUUCUAUGCCAAACCAUACUUUCUUAGGUUAACACUUCCGGGUAGAGUAAUGGAAGAUGGAAGAGAAAAGGCCUCGUUCGACAUAGAUAAAGGUCUCUUCACUGUACAGAUCCCCAAAGAAAUCACUGGCGAGCACUUUGAAGGCCUCCAGAUGCUGACAAAUCUCCUUGCUCCCAGAGGGUCACGUUCAGCAAAGCCUCUGCUACAGGAUAUCAGUCCAGAUUGCAGUGAAAAUGUGGGCAAUGAUGAAGCAGAGGAUGAGGCCGAUUUUGACUGGCAAGUUGAGCAGAAAGUUUACGUCGAGAGGUCUGAAGAGGAGCUAAAUGACCUGCAGAAAUACGGCUUUGGCAAUCAGAGAUCUGGAGUGUUUGGCAGAUUACAGGAAGAACUCAGUGAUGUGAUAGAUCUCAAAAACCCUGACAGAACAAACAUAGCUGAAAGGAGGCAAGCACGGAUCCAUGCGGAAGCUUCGGCCUUUUCCCCUGAUCAUUACCUAGCUGAUUUGUUUGAAGACACUGAAAUAAAGAGACUACUGAAAUUCAGAUCUUGGUGGACAAAGCUUUGUCCUUCACAAGAGCAGGAAGAAGAGCAUGUUAUAUUGUUCAGCAACGAGGAGAAAGAGCAGCUGAGAAAAUUCACCAACCAGUCGUACCUGCUUGAUAAGACUUCACGCUACCAAGUCUGGCUCAGCCUGGUGGACAUUAUACUGUCUUACUCCUAUGAAGUGCGCUCUACAGAGGGAGAGCACAAUGUGGAGUCACCAUGGACAAUCAGAAAACUUAGUGGGACGCUCUGUUGGUUGGAGACAUACAGCUCUCUGCAGGAGGUCCUGGUGUCAUUUGGGCGAAGGGUUUUAUGCUUUCCACUCUACAGACACUUUGAUAUGGUGUCAGCUGCUAUUUCUGAUACAGCUGCAGUGUUACGGUCAGGGAGAGCCUUCAUCUUGAAAUGCCUACUUGAUAUUCACAAAGUCUUCAGACAGAAUGACCCAGCCUACAUACUCAAUGAUCUGUACAUUACAGACUACUGUAUCUGGAUUCAGAGGAUCAAGUCGAAGAAGUUGUCGUCUUUGGCCACUGCACUACAAAAUGUCUCCCUACAGAAAAAAGAUUUGGAUUUGGAUAUUGAGGAGCUCGAAGAGGCAGCCACAAUGGUUGUGGAAGAGGAAAACAGUGCUUCGAAGAGACCUUCAGAAUGUCCCAGUUGCAGCCUUUCCAGCGACAGCAGUAGUUCGGAAGACAAUGACGAAUCAGAGCUUGAAGGACAAGCUCAUGGUGAAUCCGGGGGUGGAGACUCAUCUAAGGACUGCCCUUCCAACCCUCAACACACCUCCCCCGUCUGCAUUGUCAUCCCACAGGAGCGAGCAGUCACACUGCUGUCAGAGGAGAGCAAAGUCGUCACUCUCCCCCGAGUCCCGGAAGGCGCCAGACCGCUCAUCCAGGAGCUUGGGGAGCUAAGAAUCUCUCGAGAAUCUCAUGAAAGUCCGAAAGCGGAGAGCGAGUGUUCACAGCGGAGCAUCAUGUCAUCAGGAGGGAGCAGCAGUGGGACUUUAUGAGAGUUGAGCCGUCACGGCAACCCUCUGCUCAUCAUUCAACAACAGGAAGAUCCUCAUACGCUGGAUCUUAUCUCAUGAUGUGGUGAUUGAAGAAUACUUUUAAAUCUCAUUUCCAUGCAAGUCAUUGAAUUGAGAUUGACUUUCAUGUUCAUUAGUGUUCUGUUCUGUAUUGUUCAUGACUGUUUUCAUGUAUAGUUUCACACCCAUUACAGUUUGUAAAUUAGUUGUAUUUUUCAUCUUUUUCUUUUCAUUUACUGAGCAUGUAUAUUUGAUACUGUAGUUUUUUUCACCAGACAGUAGUUAGCAAAAAUGCUUUUCCUGCCAUAUUUUAUGACUAUUGCUCCCUUUUACUGUACUGAAUGUGCAGGACUUAAUAUAAUAUAAUAAAUAGCUAUUAAAUAUACAUUUUGGAGUUUGUGGUUCAGAGAUUUUGGGCACAUUUUGUUUUUUAUAACAUAAUGAGAAUAAACAGCCAGUAAGAAUUUGACAUGAUCCCUUGUGAGGAUACGCGGUUUGGACAAUGGUUAUGGACCUUUAAAUAGACAAUACAGUAUUUCACUUAUACUGCAACAUUAAAGAUCAGGUUCCGGCAGUG